AUCUUGGAAUCUUGGGCACCACGCUUUCAGAUUCCGUUGUACAUACACCGGUAUCUACGGCGCCAGCAUUGACCCUAUGCCAUCACUCAUUGGGUAAAGGGUUAAGGCUGUGUAACUGUCCGUCGACCCACGCCGCUGUAUAUAAACCAAUGUCUUCCACACCCAAACCAAAAUAAACAUUCUAUCAGGAAACUCAAGCUGCCCUUUCAAAAUCAUGGAAACUACACUAUCUAUAUCGGGCAUGCUUGGGUUUCUGCAAUCUUACCCAUUUUCUUUGAGUCUUGUAGGAGGCCAUGGCCAUCCUCUCCUCAGCCCGGCUUUCCUUCGUGCCAUCUCUGCUUCACUGCACCUGGUUUUGUUGCUCCUGCUCUUUGUAACUUGGUUGUUCAAGAAAAUGAAAAGUUGCCCAGAUAAAAACGCUGGUCAUAUGCAAAAACAGAGGUGCUUGUAUUUCAAACCAGUCCUUCUCUCUUCUUUGGGUCUCUCACUUUUCAGUCUUGUUCUCUGUUUCUUGAGUCUGUUUUGUUGGUAUAGAAAUGGUUGGUCUGAUGAAAAAGUUCUAUUCCUUUUGGAUGUCGUGAUAAAAACCAUUUCUUGGUGUGUAAUCUCCCUUUUAUUGCACACCCAAUUGAAUUCAGGUGAAGUUAAGUAUCCUCUUGUUUUGAGAGUGUGGUGGGGUUGUUUCUUCCUUCAGUCUUGUUAUUGCCUAGCAGUAGACAUUGUUUAUUGCAAAAAGAAUGGAAAUUUGCCUACCCAAUUUUGGAUUUCUGACAUAGUUUCCUCUGUCUUAGGCUUAUUCUUCUGUUUGGUAUGCUUUUUUGGUAGAAGAGAGGGUGGUGAUGAGCUUCUUAGGCAACCCCUAUUAAAUGAUAGUGCUAGAAAUGUUGCAGAAGUGAAAAAGAAUUCUGGAGAUGAAACUGUUACUCCUUAUGCCACUGCCAACAUUUUUAGUAAACUUACUUUCUCUUGGAUGAGUCCUCUAAUUUCUAGUGGCAACAAGAAAACAUUGGACCUUGAGGAUAUCCCUCAGCUGGCUGGUUUUGAUAGUGUUAGAGGGUCUUUUCCAAUCUUUAAAGAUAGGCUAGAAUCUUCUAGUGAGGGGAGUACUAAAUUAACUACUUUCAUGCUUGUGAAAGCUUUGGUUUUCACAGCAUGGAAGGAUAUUCUCUUAUCUGGCUUCUAUGCUGGCUCUUACACAUUGGCUUCAUAUGUUGGACCUUACCUCAUUGAUGCCUUUGUUCAAUUCCUCAAUGGAAAUCAAGAAUAUAGAAACCAAGGCUACGUCUUGGUUUCUAUAUUCUUUGUUGCAAAGGUUGUUGAGUGCUUGUCGAUGAGGCACUGGUUCUUCAAGGUGCAGCAGGCAGGCUACAGGGCACGGGCAGCACUGGUUGCCAAAGUCUACAAUAAAGGCUUGACCCUUUCAUGCCAUUCAAAGCAGAGCCACACUAGUGGGGAGAUAAUCAAUUUUAUGACUGUAGAUGCCGAGAGGAUUGGUGACUUUGGUUGGUACAUGCAUGACCCUUGGAUGGUACUUGUCCAAAUUGGUCUUGCAUUGAUAAUUCUCUACAAGAGUCUUGGGCUUGCUUCAAUUGCAGCUUUCGUUGCUACUGUUAUGGUGAUGUUGGCAAACCUCCCUUUGGGGAAAUUGCAAGAGAAAUUCCAAGACAAACUUAUGAAAUCAAAGGAUAGUAGGAUGAAGGCAACAUCUGAAGUCUUGAGGAACAUGAGAAUCCUCAAACUUCAAGCUUGGGAGAUGAAAUUUUUGUCCAAAAUCCUUGAGCUCAGAAAUACUGAGGCAGGAUGGUUGAAAAAAUAUGUUUACACUGCAUCUAUGACUACUUUUGUCUUUUGGAUUGCCCCUACUUUUGUGUCAGUAACUACAUUUGUUGCUGCAUCGAUUAUGGGUAUCCCACUUGAAUCAGGAAAAAUACUAUCUGCACUUGCCACGUUUAGAAUACUUCAGGAGUCUAUUUAUAAUCUUCCAGAUACAAUUUCAAUGAUUGCUCAGACUAAAGUUUCCCUUGAUCGAAUCGCAUCAUUUCUUUCCCUUGAUGACCUCCAACCGGAUGUCAUAGAGAAGCUUCCAAGAAGCAGUUCUGAUGUAGCAAUUGAGAUUGUUGAUGGCAAUUUCAGUUGGGAUGAAUCCUCUCCUACACCAUUUCUCAAGGACAUUAAUCUUAAGGUUCAUAAUGGCAUGAGAGUUGCCAUUUGUGGUACUGUUGGUUCAGGAAAGUCAAGUUUGCUAACUUGCAUUUUGGGAGAAAUGCCCAAAAUAUCAGGAAGCAUUAAGAUCAGCGGGACAAAGGCCUAUGUUUCUCAGUCACCCUGGAUACCGAGUGGGAAAAUAGAAGAGAAUAUAUUGUUUGGUAAGAAGAUGGAAAGAGAGAAGUAUGAUAGAGUUCUUGAAGCAUGUUCCUUAAAGAAAGACCUGGAAAUUCUCUCCUUUGGUGAUCAAACAGUCAUAGGCGAGAGAGGUAUCAACUUGAGUGGCGGGCAGAAGCAAAGAAUACAGAUUGCACGUGCUUUAUACCAGGAUGCUGACAUUUAUCUGUUUGAUGAUCCAUUCAGUGCAGUGGAUGCUCAUACAGGAACCCAUCUCUUCAAUGAAUGCAUAUUGGGGCUUCUGGGCUCAAAAACAGUCAUAUAUGUUACGCAUCAAGUAGAGUUUUUACCUGCUGCGGAUUUGAUCUUUGUUAUGAAAGAUGGAAGGGUUACACAGGCUGGAAAAUACAAUGACAUUCUCAAAUUGGGUAGUGACUUUAUGGAACUUGUGAGUGCUCACAGAGAAGCUUUAUCAGCAAUAGAUUACUUUGGGGGAAGACAGGCAGUCACAAGUGAAGACAGUAGUGACUUGACCGGUAUUAUCAGUACUCAGAAAGAAGAAGCUACUGAUGGUCAAAAUGGUAAAUCUAAUAAUGCUAUGGAACCAAAGGGCCAACUUGUCCAGGAAGAGGAAAGAGAGAAAGGCAGUGUUAGUUUGUCAGUUUAUUGGAAAUAUAUCACUACAGCAUAUGGAGGUGCCCUAGUGCCCUUCAUAUUGUUGGCACAAAUACUCUUUCAGGCACUUCAAAUUGGAAGCAAUUAUUGGAUGGCUUGGGCCACUCCCGUGUCUGAAACUGAGGCACCUCCAGUUGGUAGCUCGACGCUCAUUAUUGUGUAUGUUGCUCUAGCAAUUGGGAGUUCUUUUUGCAUCCUCGGCAGAUCCUUGUUGCUUGUGACCGCUGGAUACAAGACAGCGGCUCAACUAUUUCAUAAAAUGCAUCUGUGCCUUUUCCGUGCUCCAAUGUCUUUCUUCGAUGCCACACCCAGUGGGCGUAUUCUAAAUAGAGCAUCCACAGACCAGAGUGCAGUUGAUCUGAACAUUCCAUUCCAAAUUGGAGCUUUUGCCUUCACAAUAAUUCAGCUUUUCAGUAUCAUUGCAGUAAUGUCUCAAAUUGCAUGGCAGGUUUUCAUUGUCUUUAUUCCGGUGAUUGCGAUUUGCAUCUAUAUAGAGCAAUAUUACAUACCUUCUGCACGAGAAUUGGCAAGGUUAUGUGGAGUUUGUAAGUCUCCAGUCAUACAACACUUUGCUGAGACUCUAUCAGGAUCAACUACAAUUAGAAGUUUUGACCAAGAAGCCAGAUUUCGCGAUUUGAGUAUGAAACUGAUAGACGGCUAUAAUAGGCCAAAGUUUCACACUGCCGGUGCUAUGGAGUGGCUUUGCUUUCGCUUGGAUAUUUUGUCUUUGAUCACUUUCUCCUUUUCGUUGGUGUUCUUGAUCUCUAUUCCUGUUGGAACUAUAGAUGCGAGUGUUGCUGGUUUAGCUGUGACAUAUGGGCUUAAUCUCAACAUGUUACAAGCUUGGGUUGUAUGGAAUCUUUGCAGUCUGGAGAAUAAGAUUAUUUCGGUUGAAAGAAUACUUCAAUAUAGUUCUCUCCCAAGUGAGCCCCCUCUUGUUAUUGAAUCUAACAGGCCUAACCCUGAUUGGCCAUCAAAUGGAGAGGUUGAUAUCAGCAAUAUCCAGGUCCGAUAUGCUCCUCAUAUGCCUCUUGUUUUACGAGGCAUCACAUGCACUUUGUUUGGAGGGAAGAAGACCGGUGUAGUUGGUAGGACGGGCAGUGGUAAAUCGACUCUUAUACAGACCUUCUUCCGUAUUGUUGAACCAGCUGCUGGAGAAAUACGUGUAGAUGGUGUCAGUAUAUCGUCGAUUGGACUGCAUGAUUUGCGGUCUAGAUUGAGCAUUAUUCCACAAGAUCCAACCAUGUUUGAGGGCACAGUUCGUAGCAAUCUGGAUCCACUUGAAGAGUACACAGAUGAACAAAUUUGGGAGGCUCUUGAUAAGUGCCAAUUGGGAGACGAAGUUAGAAGAAAGGAAGGCAAACUCGAUUCUGCAGUUACCGAGAAUGGAGAGAAUUGGAGCGUUGGCCAAAGGCAGCUCGUUUGUCUUGGUCGUGUGCUACUGAAGAAAACCAAGAUUUUGGUACUUGACGAGGCAACAGCAUCAGUUGACACCGCAACAGAUAAUCUGAUCCAAGAAACUCUAAAGGAACACUUCUCAGACUCCACUGUCAUAACCAUUGCACAUCGGAUAACUUCUGUGGUCGACAGUGACAUGGUUCUGCUAUUAGAUCACGGCCUGAUUGCUGAAUAUGAUACUCCUGCAAAUUUGCUGGAAAACAGAUCCUCAUUGUUUGCCAAGCUUGUAGCAGAAUAUAGCACGCGAUCAAGUUCUCGCCACGAAAAUUUAUCUCAAGAAUAGGGCUGGUACAUGGUUUUGUUAACUGUUGGUUGGUGUUAACAGACAAUGGGAGGACUAAUUGGUUAACCAUAAAUAGUGGAUGCCAAGAUAAAUCAGUGCAGGAAAUAGGAUUAAGAUAUGGCUUUUGCUUUAAAAUGUUGUCUACAACUGUUGAAUUUGUAUCAGUUCUGAAUAAGAUUUAAUGUUAGUGUUUGGAUUAUAUACUUCAA